AUGGCUUCAAGUUCAGCAGAGGCUGAUUCCGAAGAUCAACGCUUCGAGGAAAUUGCGUUGAAGCUGCUAAAGAGUUUAGAUGAAGCGUAUGAGAGUCUUUACGGAGCGGAGUUUUUCACGUCGGUUUUUUUGAAGCCCGUAACGUAUCCCACUUCCAACUGCCGUGCAAGCGCUCGUCGUGCUGUUGCUGAAGAAACGCAACCGAAGAACGAAUCUGGAAAGAAGUCAAAGACGAAUACCGUUCCGUUCGGUAACCAACUAGCAAGCGCGCUCCGUGUACUGCUCCAGUACUGUGCAACGAGGAGCCUAGAGGCUUUUUUGCGUGAUCUCACAAAACUCUUGAAUGAUCAGAAACUAUUCUCGAACAUUCUUUGCCAGUACGUACUGGAAAAUGUUUUGAAGCGGCUACUACUUCUCAGACAACGACGUGUUCAAGGAUUCGCGAGCUCCACUGCAGGCGCUGAACUCGAGACCUUCGUGGCUGUCUCGGUACUCGGCAGCAGGGGUCCCAGCGACAGCUCAAAUAUCUUCCAGGAGAGGAACGACUCCAGUCGACGGCUUCUAGAAAGCUGUACCGUGGAAGAAUUUCGACAAGAAGAAACGGUUGUCGAACUUCUGAACGAGCUCGAGAGCGCUGACAGUCAGAUAGCACAGCAAAGCAGCGAGCAUAUACAUUCGGAAGAGGUGGUUUUGACCUGCGGGUAUUCGCCUUUAAUUAUGCAUUUCCUAUUAGAAGCUGGGAAAAAACGCCGUUUCAAGGUCUUCGUAUCUGAAGCUGCGCCAGAGUGCAGUGGUCACAGGCUAGCAAGCGAGCUUGCUGGGCGCGGUAUUGAUACGACGUUGAUUACGGACGCUGCAGUAUAUGCAAUUAUGGCUCGGGUGCACAAGCUGAUCAUCCGCGCCGAAGUAGUCCUUGCGGAGGGUUCCGUGAUCACGCGCCCAACGUGUCGCCUUGCUGCGGAUGCAGCGCGUGCGCACGCUGUUCCUGUCCUAGUUCUGACGGAGUUGCACAGGAUUUCUGAGCGGUUCCCUCAUGAUAUUUCCGCUAUCGAAAAAUCUUUUGUGCCCAGCACUCUGUUGCCAUAUGAAAGCAUUAGCCCGUUCCAAUCCAGAGUCGGAGUAAGUAAUCCGCGCUAUGCGAUCGUGCCGAGUUCGCAAGUCUCAAUUUUUGUCACGGAUAUUGGGAGCUUCUCGAGCAACUUUGCAUAUUAUCUGUUGCGUGAACUCUACGGAGCUCGCAAUCACGACGGAUUGGGUUAA